GAUGUAUAUUAAAAAUAUUAAACGUGACAAUUUGAUAGCUAAUCUUCUAAGCACGUUGGUAUAUCUUAACCAAAAUCUGACCAAAACAAUGGCGGAGAACCAUACGAGACCGGGGCCGUAAAGAUCAACGGGCCGAGAAAAACUGGACCUACUAGUUAUACUAUGCUCCUACCGAUGUAGUAAUCUUUAAUCUCGCUAUUUAAUUCAUUAUCUUUUCCCAGUUCUUAAAAAUUUAAUUAUGGCGCUUCGACGCGCGGGGGCGGCUCGCGGACGAAUGGACGAAUGACGAAUCGGCUGGCGGCGCGGGCGGGCAGCGCGGCGAAGUAGAUCUGGGAGGCUCUCGCACAAUCCGUGGUUGUGCAUGCGGUGUUUGUGUAGCAGGUUACACUACGCUCUCCGCGAAAUGACGUUUGUUGCAAAAUAUCGGGCACGCCGGAGCGAGCAGUGAGCCACCGAGGUAUCCGCCUCCGAGGCAUCUCCCCGCGUCGAAGACCAGACACGAGGCGCACAGAGGCACCCGCGACCGACGGUCAAGUCGGUCGGUCCGUCCGUCCGUACUCACGCACGCACGCACGCACGCACGCACGCAGGUACGCACGCACGCACGCACGCACGCCGAGGGCACCGUACCCCACGAGCGACGAGAACGUGAUCGUGCACGGCGGUGAGGUUAGGAUCGCACCAAGUCGGCCAGCCGCCAGGAGUCAACGUGCGCGCAGCCGAUGCUCUCUCCCCGACUCAACGAAGUUGCAGUUUAUGCAAAAGAAUAAUACGUCUGAUGGAUAUCUUUCAGAAUAUGAACGAUUAUUACCGCAUCAGAUAUGACAUUAAGUGGCAUCAGUAAUCAGAAGUUACAAUGAUCAGUACAGCCUGUACUUUGGAAGAUGCGUGUCGGCAGGCUCAGGGUAUGAUUAGUAAAGUAUCCAGAUCUUGGAAGAAUGCCCAGGGUCAAAAUUCAUUGGCCUUAACAUCGGAUAAAUCAUUAUCCUCUCAGAGAAAAGAGCAGAGUCACUCCAGGCAUAGUAUCCAAUCCAAACUCACCAGACUCUAUUUUGAAGACCUUUCCAAGGUUCCCCAUGCAACCCCAGAUUCAGUUUUGAAACAUCUUGAGAAUGAGUGUGAUCUUUUGGGGCGGUUAGUUCAAAGGGAAGGUUUAGAUACAUUAAUCGUUAAUCUAUAUGCUGGUAAUAAAGGAUACUCAUUAGCUGUAAGAAAUAGCGAUAAGGGGAAUCAGUACGAUAAAAAUUCAUUAGCUGAGACGCAACUCAUGGGUUACGAACAGGGUGAACUACUUUCGUGCAUAGAUAAUGGCCAAUUGCCAGCUAUGCUAGCCGAACAACUAGAAUCCACUCAUUCACAUUUAUUUUAUGACGGUUGUGUGAUCGCCGAAGUUCGAGAUUAUCGAAGAUCAUUUCUUCACAACAAAGCUGAAGUUCACCAUGUACUUCUUAAACCUACUACGCAGAGUGUACUUUCGGAUGUAUCGACACUUACGAGUGACGGAGAUUGGAGUCAUGAGGAGCGAUUAAUAUUGGAAUCACAUUUGGUGGCAGCUACUCAAGGUCCUUUAUGCUUGGAUCCAAAUCCUAUUCCCACCUUAGCUAGUACAAGAAUUAAGCAAUCUAAAUCAUUACUUACCGAUCAUCAGCUCAUACGACAAGCUAAAAAAUUCUCUCAGGUCACAGUAAAUCGAAAAAGAAAAUUGGAACAGUUGGCCCAGCCGGAAGGACAAACAAUACAUGAUUUAAUGCAGAAAUUCCGUACGAAAAGAAGAGGAUUAGCGACCAAUACUGCCUGUCCACCGCCUUCUCUUAAAAUUCCUGAGCUGCCUGCACCUAGCGAGACCGACGUUUUGAAAUUCGCGAAAAUUUACAAGCCGCCACAAGAGUCAAGAGACUGUUCGCCACAAGUUAUAGAAGAAUAUAUAUUAGAACCUGCAGAAAGUCAGGAUUAUAUAAAACUCUCGAUCCUGCAGAGGCCCGCUACUUCCGAGUACCUGGGAGAACUUUAUAUGGACAAGAAUCAUCGGGAUGGAGAGAGGAAUGGUUCUUCUUGCCGGUUUACAUUGGGUACCCGAGCUGUGGCCAAUCAUUAUUAUCAGCAAUUUAAAGAAAUAUUUACAGAAGAGGGUAGGAAAAAUGUGAGAAUAAAACAUAUUGUACCAGGACAGGCUCCUCGUAUUGCGUGUACAUCUAGCAUGCAACGUGCACAACAGGCGCAACAAGCAAAAGUGGCGCAAUUAGCAGCUCAACAGUUGCAGCAGGUUCAGCCUCAACACGUAGCACAACAGCAAAUCCGCACGUCCUUUCAGAUUCUAUCACGGGCUCAAGGGCAACUAACUAAUUUGGCUAGUCAAGUAGCCUCGAUGAAGGCUAUGACAGAGGCCACUACCUCUGCGCAGAAUAAUCUCACGUGCGUAGACUCGGCGAAUAUACCGCAAGUUAUCCCGCAGAAUGAUAUUACCUCAUUGAGCUCACGGCAAUCUUUGGCCAAUGGUGGCCUUAACACAUCGACCCCCGUGCAAAUUGAGAACUCCACGAUGGCAGUGGCGGACAACACUUGUAACGGUUCUGGUAUUCUGGUCUUUCAGAAGUCUGCUGGUACCAUUAAUAACACAGCGUCCACCAAUGUUCCAGUCCUGCAAGCGCAAUUGCAAGCGGGAACACAGAACUGCAUAAGUGAGGCCAAUCAGAGCCAAAGUGAGCCACCGUUCAAGAAACAUUCGACUAAUCCAGCAAUAAGCGCUCUGGUUACUUCCCUCAUGAAUUCAGCGCAGCAAUUCCAGCAACAAGCAGCAGCCAAUGCCGCGGCUGCAGCUAUGAAUAACAAUGCACAAGCCACAAACAAGUCCAACAAUGCCGCGAUCCUUAGUCUGUUAAAUAGCACACCUGCAAAUAUAGCUCAGCGAAAAGUCCAACCUCAAAGGAUCUCUCUUAAUGCUUCCAUCCCACCUGGAGUUAUCAGUCAUGGCAAUGUGAUCAACGUACCCAACACCAGUGGUCAAGUACGCGUGAGCUUAAGCUCUUCCGCUUUAACAGGACAGUUAAGUUGCAAACAGCAACCAGUGAAGGCGACCGCUGUGAGACUCGCGCGAGUCCAAGACCCUACGUCUACUCUUGGCUUAUCAAUGCCAGGGCUUUCGGCUUUGCUUGCUGGCACGCCAUCGGCUGACAACCCGAUACCUGGAAUGAAUUCGACUUCAUCGCUGCUCGAACGGCUCACCGCUUCUUCCAGUCAGAGCAGUCAACCAGCGAGUCCGAUGACCAGCCCAUCGCCAACCAAUGUGAAUCUACAGGGUGUAAACCUCACUAGUCUGCCGAACUCCAUCAACGGUCUACAAAAUGUCCAGGUAUCGUUUCCAGGCUUGUCGCAACCUAUCACGAUGUCAUUAAAUGUGUCUCCGACCACUGGCGGCACCGUCACACCUACUGGUGUCAUUGUUUCCCUCCCAAUAUCGUCUGCCACAAAUACCUGCACAACAGUGUCGAGUAUGGUAGCUGCAACAGUCGUUACAACAGCUAUUGCCGGAACUACGCCGACGGUAGUGAUCGCCAAUCCUGCCAAUCAUUUGUCUUUACCAAUCGCCCAAAUAAUACCAUCUGGAGUAAAAGGAUUGUCGCAGCAAAAUAUUAGGAGUAAUAAUGCAGUGACUCUUGCACAGGGAGGACAAGCAAUCCAACUUAUUGGAUCUCAAAGACCGCGGUUUAAUCAUAUGACUCGUCAAGUACAAUCGAAUCAAGUCAAAUCGGCUGUCUUAUCGAAUCAACUGGUGACAGUUGCCAAAACAGUAACGGCAAAUCAAUUGAUAUUGUCUGGUAACAAACAAGUAUUAACUCCUAUAGUAGCUGCGACGAAACCUGUGCUUAUGGCGUCACAAACGACGCCUUCUUCCCAAGUAGUACCUGUUAAUAAGCAAACUCUAUUGACAAAAUCCUUGCACGCCAGGGCUUCUACCGGCCAGUGCAGUCAGCAAACGCAAAGUCUCGGGGUGGCUACUUUGUCCCGACAACAACUUCAGCAGUUACAACAAUGUCUAGCUGCGCAGCAUAAAGUUGCCGUCGCGGCGGGAAGUUCUCAAAGUAGGACGCAAAUAGAAGCUCAGAGAAAUUCUACGUCUGCCCCGGGGGAAGAUCCCGCCUGAAUAUGUUCAAAUAAAUGAUCACGUUAUGUCGAAAUAAUUGAAGCCCGCCUGGAAGAAAUGUAAUGAGGCAUUUGUGUAUUACAUUAUAAUUAUGAUUAUGAGAUUUUAAUUUUUUCCAUAUGGAAAUUGUAUGAUAAAUGGUUUUUCUUUUGAGCUGUUUACUUAAUUAUGACAAAGUUUUAUUUUAGCAAAUAAUUCAUAUCUGCCGACUGAAAAUACACAAGGUAUACAAGAAAAUAUACAAGAUAUUUUACCAGA